AUGGACGAUCCUUUGCCCGCCACAUUGGUGGUUCCUUCCAUAUUGGCUGAGCAACUCACUCCUGCUUCCAAGAAGAGGAACUACGACGGAGAACUCAUAUCACACGCCAAUUCACUGACUCCUCCUCUCGACCACCAUGACCAGAGUAGUGAGACGUUCUCUCGUGCCGUUUCACCAACUUUGAGCACCGACAGUACUCCACUUACCGAGCUUGGUCCUACACCUUCGGUGAGCCCGCAGAAAAGUCACGAUAUGGCUCCUGAAUCAAAGAAGCGCAAGCUCACGUUCGCGGAGCGGGAGGUGGAGAAAGCUGUCAAGAAAUCAGAAAAGGAAGAGAAAGAGAGGCAGAAGGCGGAGAUGAAAGCGAAGAAAGACGAGGAGAAGAAACGGAAGGAAGAGGAGAAGGAAGCUGCCCGAAAAGCCAAGGAUGCUGUCAAGGCUGAUAAGCAGAAGGCCAAAGAGACUGCUCAGCAAGAGAAAGACGCUGAGAAGAAGCGGAAGGAAGCUGAGACUCUGAAGAAAGAGAGGGCACAACUACGCAUUGGUGCAUUCUUCGGUCGCCCUGCCCUGGCUUCAACACCACCAACGACCCCCGACGAUGUGUCAAUCGGAGCUUCCAGUAGAAGAUCUUCAAUUGCCUCCACCGACGUGGCUCCGUCUCUGGUUGAAACCAGAAGUCCAGCGAAAGCUCGAAACCACGAAUACAACCAGUGGAUUCUGCCCUUCUUCGUUAAUGAGCAUACCGAACUAGCACCAAUCAACCGAUUCCAUUCCAAAUCGAGCGUUUUCGAUCAGCAGGAGUUGCCCUUGAAUCAAAACAUUUCCCCAGAGAAAGUCAGUGGUCGAUUUCGACGGCUGCAGAGAGCCCGGAAAAGCAGGCCGGUCAAGGAACUUAUUGAGACCUUAGAAGUCCCUACCAAGGAGUCAACAAACCCACGUGCAUGUCCGCAAGACCUUGAUAGGGUCUCUUACAAAUGCCUAUUCUUCCACACCGAUGUCCGUCCAGCGUAUCAAGGUACUUACACUAGAGCUGUCUCUCCACGAUCUACCAGAAAGAUUGCCUGUAAUCCAACUCACCGAGGUCUGCCUGACACCAAUUACGACUAUGACAGUGAGGCGGAGUGGCAAGAGCCGGAAGAAGGGGAUGACGACUUGAUGGAUGAAGAUGAAUUGUCCGAAGACGAUGCUGGAGAAGAGGAAAUGGACGACUUUGUUGACGACGAUGGCGAACCCAUUAAGCGGCAAUUGAUUGUGGGUAAUAUGGAACCCAAAUCAACUGGACUUUGUUGGGAAGAUACAGAUUCACGAGCUGGGUGCGAGUUGUCUUCAUAUCGAAUGGAUGUUCUCCACGAUGCCACCACACUGCCUAUAGAUCCUUUCUCAAGCCAGCACUGGUCAGACAUUGGCAAACCUAGUCCAAAGAAGAAGGCUCUGAAGUCACAAGCGAGCCCGGCUGGAAUGCAGCCUCCACGCCUACCACUCAUGGCAGUGGAUGGCAAUGCGGGCGGUCUAGGCCCUAGCAAGAACACCCUAGGCUUUCCCAUCCUGCAAGAUCAGAAUGGCGACAAACAAGUUACGGCAAUAUCAAAAGGCAACCAGACCACAUCUGGCAAACCUGUCAAGAUGAUCCCAGCAGAUCUACUACCAGCAUUCAAAUCUGCAGUGGUGGACAGCACGCUAUCGAAAGUGGGAUUGAUUGAGGUUUUGAAGAAUCAAUUCCCUAAGUGCUCGAAAGACGCCAUCAAGGACACUCUAUCCAGCAUUGCCGUUCGCCAAGGGACGGAGAAGAAAUGGGUUCUCAUAUGA